UAGGAGUGUCGUCUGGCAACGAUAGAUGGCUGAAGUCUUAGGUUGCAACUGCUAGUGUGGUAAAUUGCAUUGUCUUAUUAAAAUCCGUGAUGAAUAGUCGUUAUAUUGUGGCGGACAACAUAUUCGUCAUGUGAGAAAUCCAGAGUUUUUAGUAUUGACAUUAAAACUUUGUUGUGUUAAUGUUGCAAAUUGCGGUUUGCCCUUAAGAGGGGUCACUGAAUUUACAUACGGAGUGCAUGUCAGUGCUGAUGUACUUUGCUUGACAGUAGACCACAGCUAGUUAGACCGUUCGCGUGUUCUCACACAGCUGAUCGCAGUUUUGUUUUAUGUUGAGACUGAUUAUUUUAUACGAAAAUGAAGAGGUCUCAUAACAGAAGUCGUAACAAGAAAACAGGAAAAGCUGAUAAAAACCUUGACAUGGCAGACUUUCAGUCAGCCACUACAGUGCAUGAUAAGAAAACCCACAGUACUAGUGGGGCACAGCAGCCAUCAUUAUUGUCGUCUCUUUGGAGUGUCCUAUUUGUAAUAAGCUCGGCCCUCAUUGGUUUUGCUGCUUUCAGAAACACACUUACAUGGCAUUUGCAAAGAUUCUGGGGUGCUUCUGGUGAUUUCUGGCAGGCUCUGUGGGAUAGACUACUUGAUGUAACAGGAGAAGAUCCAUUUACCUUCUGGGUGUAUGGAACAACUGUACUUACGGUCGCUGUGUACUGGAUAUUUGGUGGUAUUUACACAAUACUGGACGUCACAAAUAAACCUGCUGUCCUGCGCAGGUACAAGGUUCAACCUGGAACCAAUGAACCAGUUGACACAAAACGCUUGUUGCAGGUGAUAGGAUGGGUGCUGUUUAACCAGAUUGUUGUUGGUAUGCCAAUAGCAUACCUGAGUUAUGUAUUGAUGAAGUGGAGGGGCUCUCCCCCUUUACGGGAACUACCUACUUUCCACUGGGUUCUUGUCGAGAUGGCUGUACACAUACUUAUGGAAGAGAUUGGCUUCUAUUACUCUCACAGAGUUCUUCAUAGCCGUUACCUGUAUCGCUUCAUUCACAAGAGGCACCAUGAAUGGACAGCUCCAAUUGCAGUGACAGCAAUGUAUUGUCAUCCACUGGAAAGUAUAUUCUCAAAUCUGCUUCCUAUAUUCCUUGGAGUGUUCAUCAUGGGAUCACAUGUAGCCACUGCGUGGCUCUGGUUCUCAUUGGCAAUCCUGUCUACUCUCAAUGCCCAUUCAGGCUAUCAUCUUCCAUUUUUCCCAUCACCUGAAGCUCAUGACUUUCACCAUCUGAAGUUUAACCAAUGCUUUGGUGUUCUGGGUGUACUGGACCGCAUUCAUGGAACUGACACUUUGUUCCGUAAUACAAGAGCUUAUACGCGCCAUGUGAUGAUGCUAAGCCUCAUUCCUCCUCGUGAAGCAUUCCCUGAUGAAAGCAAAUGCAGUUCAAAGCAAAGGAAUUAAUGAAGCUAUAACUGAAUGGGCAGAGUACAUUUCUAGUGCAGGAAGCCAACUCUGUAAGAGAAUCUGUUUCUGUUCCUGCUGGAUGAUAUAUUUUGAAGUCAUUAGCAUUAGCCCAAGAAUUUAUUACUAUUUUCUGUACUGGAAGGAAGUGAAAGUUUCAUGAUAAAUUUUGGUACUAUUUUGAGGUUCAGCUGCCUUGGGUCAACAAAAGGAUGCUAGUUGCAUUGCUUGGUACUGUCUUUAGGAAUGAUGAAGGGUUAAAAUAUAAAUGGUAACUACAUAAAUCAAUUAAGCUGUUAAUGGAUGGGUUGUAGUACAUCUUCAUAUUGUGGUUUAUUUUCAGUAUUAUUUUGGUAAUUGGAAAACAUCCGUCACUAAAAUGAUUUGUUCAAUUUUCAAUUGUAGAAAUGAUAUAGAACAAUUCACAGAAGAUUAUAAGACAAUCCACAGUACAUGACUGAUGAUCAUGGUAAGUUUUUCUUAAGGAUCUCAGAAGUUAAAAUUGUACUUGCCAGUAAAGCAUGGUUGUCAAUCAUCUGCAGUGCACUCAGUUUAAUUGCUGGCCAGGACUUGACACUGGUUUAUCAUUACUUUCAGAGCCCCUCGAGAAAAAUACCUGCAGCUUCUGCUCUAUCUAAAGAUAACAGUGCUUGGUAGCAUGGAAAGUAUUAGUGGGAAUGGCUGCUGUCAGAGGUUAAAACAGCAUUUAUUUACAGUAUACAUUUUUAUAUUCUUUUUAUUCUGCACAUAGUAAUAUGUGUAUUUCUUUGCCAGUUCUUACUUAUUUUUUGGAAGGUGCUAAACACUGCACUGUGUUCUGAUGUCCUAUGUGAGACCUGAGGCCCUAUGGUCUCUUUGAUUCACAAUUACACUGAAACAAUGAAUCCUUUUAACAUUUGAUGGGACUCACUAAUGAGUGACUGGCCCAUUGCCAGACCUUCUGCCUACAAGGAAUAACACAGAAAAAUGUGGAUAUAUAUAUAUAUCCAUGUCCCAAGCAAGAUUUUAACCAAAGAUCCCAGUGUUAAACUAAUCCAAGACUUUGCUUCCCCUGUGAUCAGUAAUUAUAAAUUUUGAUACAAAAACGUUAUUUUCUGAAUAGUGCAAUUUUUUUAUAAUACCGUAUU